AUAGUAGUUAGAAGACUCCAGGAUGGCAGACAGGGCUCAGUACUUUCUCGAGCAGUCGCUGCCAGAGCUCAUUGACCUGCAGCAGAAGAAGAUAUUCACGCCGCUCGAAAUCAAGGCCAUCACACGCAAACGCACAGGCUUCGAGCAUGCCUUGACACGCAAAAUUGUGCGCAAGGCAGACUUCCUGCGCUAUGCAGAGUACGAGAUGAACCUGGAGCAGCUCCGGAGACAGCGAGUCAAACGCUUGGGUAUCACAGGCAAGAAGACUGUCUCUGACUUUGCAGGCCCACGCCGCGUCUUUUUCGUUUUUGAGCGUGCAGCGCGCAAAUUUCAUGGCGAUGUGGAUCUCUGGCUGCAGUACAUCAACUAUGCGAAGCAAGAGAAGAGUGCCAAGGUGCUUGCCAAGCUAUUCGCAACAGUCUUGCAGUUUCACCCAACAAAUGAUAAGCUGUGGCGCAUGGCAGCAGACCAUGAGCUGCAUUACAAUGGUAACAUGACUGCGGCGCGCACCAUGAUGCAACGCGGACUGCGUCUAUGCAAGGACUCGCCAGACCUGUGGAUUGCCUACUUCAGACUUGAGUUGCUAUAUCUUGAAAAGAUUCAUGCCAGGAGAAAGAUCCUAGGCAUAGAUGGACGAGCUGAUCAAGAAGAACCAGCCGCGGAGAUAGAGGAAGCCGAGGAGACUGACGGCACCAUUAAGCUUGCACAAACGACGCAGGAAGAGCUCAACGGGGCUAGUCAAGCGCUUCUCAAGGACAUUGAGCUGUCCUCCUUGACCACAGCAGAGAGUAAUCCCGCAUUGCAAGGCGCCAUCCCAAAAGCUAUUUUGCGCUCUGCUGUACAAGCCAUGCCACGCAACGCUGAGUUGAUUCUGUCCUUCUACGACGCUAUAGCUGAAUUCAGGACACUUCCAUUUCAGCAAUCACUUCAGGAGCACAUUCUGGAAUUGCUUUCUGCAGAGCCGGUAAAGAGCCACCCGAAGGCAGUGUUCCUGCGCAUCACGCUACCUCUCAGGCGCAUCCGUCACGAUGUCGCAUCGCCAGCGUUCCCAGCCGCUCUGAAAGAAAGCCUAGCAGCGUUCAAUGCGCUGUCCGAUGAAACGCCACCUAAGGACAAGCUUGUUUUCAUGUGGCUGGCACAGUUGGUCGCCUACAGGGCAAUUCCCGAUAUCGAGUCGAAUCUGGCUCGUGCUAUUGAUGCUGCGCUCGUGCAGCGCUUCAAGCAAUCAGAAGCAGAGGCAGUCUUGAGUCCAUCUGGCUACACGCUUUGGGCAACAUUCGAGCAAGGCCGCGGCAGACAAAGUGUCGCUGACGACAUCACACGGCGUGCCCAUGCAAAGUUUCCACAAUUUGAGCAUUUCCCAGCGCAUGCGUAGCCAGUCCCUUUUUACUCAUCGCCACCACGCGACCGUCGUGCACUCUUCUUGCUUGCAUGUUGCUUUUUUUGCUUGAGUCGUACUUCAUUAUCACGGCGAAUGAGCUUACCGACUCGCUGCUUGGUGGCUUUGCUUGUCUCGCCAACAAGACCAGCGUUGGCAGCAUCAACCAAGACGGAAGCUAGCUUUUGGAAGACGUCUUGGCGAUUCUGUUCUUGUGUUCGAUUGCGUUGUGAAGAGAUGAGCAAAUCACCCUCUUUCGUUA